CCGUCUUGUCGUCGUCCAGGUGAAUUUCUCUUCUGACGUGAAUAAAUUUUCUCAUUGUCCGUCUUCAUCUUCGAUCCAUUCUUCCAAAUUGAGAUACGAUUUUAGGUUCAACUCUUUGUUCGAUUGAACUCCUUUUGUUUCGGGAGAAAGCGAGAUCAGAGAAAAGAGAUGCGUUUUGUUCAAUAUAAAAAUGAUUUAUCCUUUGCUGCAUUACUCAAGAAUUUAGAUAGCAUGAGCUCAACGAGGCCGCUGCCUGUACCGUUGUGCUCCGAAAAGAGCUGCAUUUGCGAGUAAUUGCUGGUUGCUAAGUUAGAAUUUGCAUGAUUUCAACUUCCCUGAGCACACUGAGCGGGGUCUCAAUCUAACAGUUGUUUUCUUUUUGAUCGGAGUCUUAAUUGGAGGCUGAAACUUUCGCAUCUUUGGCUUGCUAUUGUUUGUUGCGAGCUGGAGAAAACGUCGAAGGAGAAGAUCUAGGGUAUUCGAAUUUUGAGAUUGUGGUCGAGUCAUGGUUGGAAGUGCCGAAGCUGCGAAAAUUUCAGGCCAUUUGAAUGGAAAGGCUGAAGCAUUGACAGAUAAUUUUGAUCCCACCGCGGUAGUUGCAGAGCCAUUGCCUCCGGUGGUUGAGAACAAUGCAAGCAUAAAUGGUGAAUUUGAUGGAGAAGAAAAGAAGACGAGAAGAGAGAUUGUGCUUGGAAGGAACGUGCAUACCUCGUGCCUUGCUGUAACUGAACCGGCUGCAAAUGAUGAGUUAACUGGCGAUAAGGAAGCGCACAUGGCAGGCGUAUUGGCUAGGUACAGAAAAACACUAAUGGACAGGAGCAAGCAUCAUUUAGGUUAUCCUUAUAAUCUGGACUUCGAUUAUGGUGCUUUGGCACAGUUGCAGCAUUUUUCUAUCAACAAUCUGGGGGAUCCAUUCAUUGAGAGUAAUUAUGGAGUCCACUCAAGGCAGUUUGAAGUUGGUGUUUUGGAUUGGUUUGCUCGUUUAUGGGAGUUGGAGAAAAAUGAAUACUGGGGAUAUAUUACAAAUUGUGGUACAGAGGGAAAUCUUCAUGGCAUCCUUGUUGGGAGAGAAGUAUUUCCGGAUGGAGUUCUUUACGCAUCGCAAGAGUCGCAUUAUUCUGUCUUUAAAGCAGCACGGAUGUACAGAAUGGAAUGUGUGAAGGUUGGUACACUGCUCUCCGGUGAGAUUGAUUGCAGUGAUUUCAAAGUCAAGCUGAAAAGGGACAAACCUGCCAUCAUCAAUGUUAACAUAGGAACAACUGUUAAAGGAGCUGUUGAUGACCUUGAUCUUGUCAUACAAACCCUGGAGGAAAGCGGAUUUACACAUGACCGGUUCUACAUUCACUGUGAUGGAGCUUUAUUUGGACUUAUGAUGCCAUUUGUCAAACGCGCACCGAAAGUUAGCUUCAAGAAGCCCAUCGGAAGUGUGAGUGUAUCCGGGCACAAGUUUGUGGGGUGCCCUAUGCCGUGCGGUGUUCAGAUAACAAGGAUAGAGCACAUAAAUGCCCUGUCAAGAAAUGUCGAGUACCUUGCUUCAAGGGAUGCCACGAUCAUGGGAAGCCGAAAUGGCCAUGCUCCAAUCUUCCUCUGGUACACCCUGAACAGGAAAGGUUACAAAGGAUUCCAGAAAGAAGUCCAGAAAUGCCUUAGGAAUGCCCACUAUCUGAAGGAUCGCCUUCGGGAUGCCAGCAUAAGUGCGAUGCUAAACGAGCUCAGCAGCACAGUUGUUUUCGAAAGGCCCAUGGAUGAAGAGUUCGUUCGUCGGUGGCAGCUAGCAUGUGAGGGAAAUAUUGCGCAUGUGGUGGUCAUGCCCAAUGUCACCAUUGAGAAGUUGGAUGUUUUCUUGAAUGAGCUAGUGGAAAAACGCUCCACUUGGUACAAUGAGAAGGUUCGGCCUCCAUGUCUUGCAGCAAAUAUAGGGCGUGAGAACUGUGUUUGCCCUCAGCAUAAGUGAUGAAUCAGAGGCAUUGUGAAACUAGAUUUCCACCUCGUUGCAUUUGCUGCAGUAGAACGGUUCAUAGAGUUUUUUAGUGCACUUUUUGUUAUCUUUCAAAUGUUCUUCCUUUCCCCUUUUAUUUUUCCCUAUUAAAUAAAAUUAGUUUUGUCAUCC